AUGAACGCAAUCAUCGGACUAUUCCUCGGGCUGGUCCCAGGAAGUCUACUGAGCUCCGAUCUCCCAAAUUCCGACGGAUCGAGGAAACACUACUAUAUACCCAUCAUGCAAAGCUCAAGUUCCCCGACCAAAGAGCACGCGAACACACCAUUUCCACAUUCAAGCGCAUCUCCUCCUUCUUACAACGACGUAAGCGGGCCCGUUAUCAUAAAUGAAUAUGGCAAACCUCAAUUCCUAUCACCAGAGGAAGAAGUAGAGCGACAACAUCGACUGCAGCAAGCAGUGCGCGAGAAGAUGUUAGGGUUACCACGAACGACACACUUCGAAUGGCACCAGGGAACAUCAGGGACUACGGGAACUGUGAACGAGGAACUACCAUUACCGCUGUAUACACCCCGAGAAGAUGAGAAGAAAUGA